AUGGCCGACGAAGCAGCUCGCGCUCACGCCGCUGAAGUGGCGCGCGCUCAAGAAGAAGGAAGAGAUCCACCUCCUCCUCCUCCUAAUCCACAAGACCCUGCUGGAGAUGUGAAUGUGCAACCUCAAGCUGGAGCACCUACAAUCGGAGACUAUGACUCUGCCGAUGCUUUCUUCAUGGAUAGAAACCCUAUCCAUCCACCACUUCCUGCAAGGAAUGACUAUGAGAUCAAGCCUCAGAUCAUAGCAUUGGUUAGACAGAACCAAUUCAAUGGACUUCCAGCUGAGCACCCUCUUGAUCACAUAGAAAACUUUGAAGAAAUUUGCAGCACUACAAGAUCCAAUGGAGUCUCUGCUGACUACCUUAAGUGCAAGCUCUUUUCAUUCUCUCUUGGCGACAAAGCUUCAAGAUGGUUGAAGUCUCUGCCAGCUCACUCCAUUACCACUUGGGAUGAGUACAAGGCUGCUUUCAUCAACCACUUCUACACCAAGCAAAGAUCAAUUUCUGUAAGGAACAAGAUCUCCAACUUUCGCCAAGCCAACAAUGAAUCUUUCUAUGAGGCGCUAGAUCGAUUCAAGGAGUACAUUAGGGACUGCCCUAAUCAUGCUAGUGAUUGUAACAACUGUCCUGAUUAUGACCGCUCAAGCCGCACCACUACUAGCUCCCCUGAUUCUUUUCAAAUGACUGAACUCAAGAACAUGAUGGCUCAAGUUCUUAAGGGACAGCUCAAGCAUAUCAAUGCAAUAGAAGGGAUGAGUGAUGCUAAUGAAGAUUCAUCAAGAGAAUGCAUGGGAGAUUUCUCUAAUGAAGCCAAUGAAGAAGAUGUGAACUACAUUGGAAACUAUGGGAACAAGGGAUACAAUCCAAGCUAUCGCCCAAACCCCAACAUGUCUUAUAGAAACCCCAAUGUGGAGAAUCCUCAAGACCAAGUGUAUCCUCCAAGGUAUCCACAACAACAAAGACCUCCUUACCAAUCUCAAGGAAGUCAAUUUCAGCCAAGGCAAGGAUAUGAGCAGAGAUCAUCAUAUCCGCCCAAGGAGCCAUAUGCUUCUUCACCAAAUCAAGCUCCUCCAAACCAACAAGGUGGGAGAUUUGAAGGAAUCCUCCAACAGAUCAUGGAUGGCCAGAAGAGAAACACUAAAGAGAUGUAUGAGAAGAUGGACACUUUGUUCAGCAAUCUCAACACCAAGUAUGAUGCUGUUGCCACUCAUGUGAAGAAACUAGAGACUCAAGUCACUCAAACUAUGGAAGCUGUUAAGAGACAGGAAGCUGAAUCCAAGAAGUCCUUUUGCAACUCAGCCGCCAUAGAAGAAAGAUUUGAAGACCAAGUUCCAGAAUGGAUGCUUUCAAAACCUACUGUUGAUUGCAUGAUUUGGCCUGAAGAGAAUUACCCAGAGAGAGAGUCCAAUCGAGCUAGAAAGAGAAGACUCUUCCCAAAGAUUAUCCCCAAGACAGAUAACUCAGGAAAGUUUGUGUGCCUUGUAUCAUCAAAGAUUGGAAAUUGCUCUAUCCCUACUGAUUUCCAGAUUGUGGAAAUGAGAGAGAGUAGCCAUAGACCUCUCAUAUUUGGAACCCCUUUCCUGUCUACUGUGGGUGCCAUAUUUGAUUUCCCCAAUCAAAGAAUCUCUUUCAACAAGGUGAACAAGGGUAUGUUCUUCCCUAUGUGUUCAACAAAGAACUCUUUUGUUGACAUGGUCCAAGAGGAGAAAGCUACUUUGAAGCCACCCCAAGAAGGAGAAACUGAAGAAACAAUCAAGGAAGAUCCCAUUCCUAAGCCCAAGCAGCUUGCCAAACAAGCAAGGAGUAAGACUAAGGCCCCUACACCAAAACCGCCCAAGGGAUCAACCAAGAUUGAAGAUGAGGCCAAGCCAAGAAGGAAGGUUAGAAAACCUAGGUCUGGCCGCAACAUGAAGCUUCUAUUCCCAAAGGAGCUUAUUGAUGAGAAUCUAGAAGGAUUCAAGGAGAAAGUGACAAGAACUCUAAAGCUUUUUCCUAAGGCAGUAGUGCCAAGGGACAUUCAUGGAGAGAUUGUCUAUCCAGCUGUGAAUCACCCACCAGAUACUCAUUGCAAGGAGAAAAGACUUGGAGGAUCAAAGAUGCCUCUUGUCUCCAUCUUCUCCUGA